AGGGAGAUUCACGGGGAGAUUAGUUACGGAACUUUAGGGGAGAUUCGUUACAUUUAGGGGAGAUUCGUUACAUUUAGGGGAGAUUCGUUACGCCGGCCGUAGGGGAGAUUUGUUACGUGGAUUUUUUAGGGGAGAUUAGUUACGAAUUAGGGGAGAUUAGUUACGGGAUCGGGGAGAUUUGUUACGCGCGUGCGCAUUUCAUAUUUUUUAUUGUCUAUUCAAGAUGAAUGGACGAAAGGUUUGUUGAUCCGUUGGCUUUAUUUAUUAUUAAGUUUAUGGGUAUUUAUGUGGCUUAUUUUUUUAAUAAGCUCCCCAAUCUUUAUUCUUUUAGCUAUUUAACUAAAUAGCUUCACAAAGAAUGAAUUUUGGUUUUGCUUUACAUAGCUACCUACUAGCUAGGUUAGGUCUUCUUACCAUAGUAUCAAUAAUUGUAGCUAGCUAUGGCUAAGUAGCAAGCUAAUCUAGAGAGCUGCAGCUAGCAAUGGCUAGCCAGCUAGCUAGCUAAUUGUACUUUUGAUGUAGUUACAGUAGUGUUUAUAAUCUUAAUAAGCUAGCUAGAGGAACAACUUUAAAAUUUCCCCUUUUUGAAUUACUCUUUUACCAUCUUGAUGGCUUCCCAGCUUUGUGGCGGCUCUACAUCUUUUAUGGCUUAACGCCUUUAUGGCCUAAUGGAAAUGUAAUGUUUUCAUUUAAAGAAUGAAAAAUAAGUAAACAAAGUUGGGUUGAUCUACAAAGAUACAGUGGUAUGAGCCAGUCACCCCCUUAUAUCUGUGUUUUAUUGGUAAUUAGCCUCACUAAUUACAGGCACAUACCCUGUUAAUUCUUUCCAAGAGGGACCACAAAAGUUGUUUAUAUAGUGUUUAAAGAUCCCAUUUGAGCUACAGAAAUUUUUGUACAACUAGACAACAACCUUUAUGUUAAGAUCAAAUCCAUUAACUUUUCGACAUAAGUCACAUGCUCUGUCGAUUAAGCAAAUAUUACUGUGUUGGUCACUUGUAUCUAUUUUUGAUUUUUUAACGUCAUUUGUACACUAACUUGCGGGUUGUUAGGACGCUAAGAGGGGUGUGUAGGUCAUUUUCUUAGUGUAAAAAUGACACUUAAAAAUCAAUAUGUGAGUGAGUGAGCGACUGCUUGAUUUGCAUUCAAGAAUUCUUACAUCUACGGAUUGAAUUGUGACAUAACUUUUUCUACAUGGUAAACUAUAUACUUAGUACAUUCACACCCACAAUUAGGUCAGAUAAACUAAAUAUUUGUAUAAAAUACUAUCCUAGACAAAAGGGCAGUCAAAUAAAAUCACGAUUUUACCAUCCCUGUACGACAAGGGCGUAGAUGGAUAUUUGUUUGUUUAUUCAAGGUUGGACAGGCUCUUAAAUUUUUUUAGUGGCACAAAUAAAUUAACAAGUAUUUUUUAACAUAUGUGCAGUUUUUAAAUUCUUAGAUAAAUUUUCUAAUUAACUUUUUUGUGCUCCUAUCAGUGUGUAUUUUUAGGUCUUAUUAGUGAUUAGAUUUUACUUUUGUUACACGAAUAGUUCUUCUUGAAUUUUUAAGAAGAAAGCCUUUCAGAACUUUCAAAGCAUCAAUUUUCAUUUAAACUCUGUUUUAUAUAUUUUUGAAUAUUCAGACAACAUUUGUUGUAUGCCAUGUGGUGCAUGUUUUUAGGGUAAUAAAUAUACAACUUUUUUACUACAUGUGUUGACUUUGGCAUCUAAUGAAUAACAUUUCUUUACAAGCUAGUUAAUGCUAAUAUGCAAAGUGUUAAUACAACAUUUCUGAGAAGAAGACUCUAGAAUAAAAUUUAAAGCUAUCCUUGUUAUCUUAAAGAAUUUUUUUUUAUUAUACCAUGUUCAAGGUGUAUUUUUGUAAUUUACAUUACUGGUGUGCAAAAUUAAUUCUCUAGAACAAAACUGUGUUAAGCUGUUUCCCAUUAUAAAUCAUUAUAAUUUAGUUUUGAUAGUAAAGAUAUUUUUUAAAUUCUUUAUUUUAAAAUUCCCAUUUUUUAAAAAGCGUAACGUGUUGGCAAUGCAGGAAAGUAACGUAUCGUGUAAAAAAAUUAAAUUAGAAAGGCUGCCAUAUUAUUUAUUUUAUUAAAAUAUAUAUAUACCAGGUUUAAGGCAAAUAUAUUAGUUAAGUAUUGCAGUUACAAGACAGGCAGCAAUCCAAAUUGGCAAAAAGUUUAACUGUAGCAUAUGGGUUGCUUUAGAUCAAUUUGAGAAAUAAUUUUGUAUUGACAAAGUAUUUAUACAUCCUUUUUUUUAAAUUUAAAGUAUAUAUGUAUUUAUUUCUUAGGGUUGGAAAUAUUUCCAUUUAAGACAUUAAGUAUUGUGCAUCAACAACAGUCUUGGUCAUGAAUGGCGUGCGAUCGCACCCGCAUGCCUCCGUUCUACUUUGUACACACGCCAAGCAGAACUGAGCUAUUUUAGAGUAAUCCCUUACCCAAACUUUACCCAAUACAUAAUUGUUCUUCUGCGUUAAAAUGUAUCUCUAAAAUGUAUUUCUAUUAAAUACCCACCUUCAUUAAAAUGUGAGAUUAAAACGUGAGAUACAUUUCAAAUGUUUUGCCUCGGCAUUGCGUCGACAAUAUUUUUUUUGUUUUUCAGCUGGCAAAAAAUUUCUUCAUUACCCUUGUAUUGAUCUCCUUAAGACGAUGACAAAUGGAAAUGCUAUUUACGAACCGAAGGUCAGGGCAUUAUUAAGUUGAAUAUCGCAGAAGUCGCCGGUGACAUGCUUCAAAAAUACUUGUCACAGGCACAGUUUAAUGCAAAGCGGAACUGUACAGGAAAGUCAAUUAAGAGUCUUCGCAGAUUAAAGUUGGUUAUUCAUUUUUCACAUGCUUCAUUCAAUAUGGCGGCUUGUUGUGAACAUGGUUUGUAAACAUUUUGUUGCUAAAAUAAAUAAGUCAACAAACGAAAAAGAAGCAAAUAAAAAGUAAAAAACAAUGCUUUAAAAACUCUGCGCUGCCGCUCUCCUGAAUGUAAUAAUUGCACGCCAAAAUCAUAAGCUAGGCGUGCGAUACUGAUUGCACGCCUGUAUUAGUGUAGGCGUACGUACAACCGCACGCGGGUACAAAUAUUCAUGACCAAGACUGCAACAAUGUAUUCUACUAAUCCAGAAUAUUAUGAAAUACUUGUUUUAUAUAUAUAAUUAUUCUUUAGAUUAUAUCAUAUCAAUUAUAUAUAUCAAUAAAAUAAAUAAAAACAUGUCUGUUAUUAGCAUUGCAGUUGGUGAUGCAUUAAAAUCAUUGAAGUAUUGGAUUGAUCAAGAUGCUGAUGAAUUUUCUGUUGAAAAGGUUGACGAAUCUAUGUUGACUAAAAUGGAUGAUAUUAUUAACGAGAUACAAGACAAAUCCAUAACACAAUUUGCAGAGUUGUGUGAUAAAUAUAUCCACCAAGUGCUGUUGGGGAAAAGACCAAAUUAUCGCCUUGAUGUAUUCAAACACAAAGUAGUUGAAAUUGAUGGACAGAGAUUGAUGCCACACCAUUUGAUGUACCAUAAUGUUGAAAGUGGUUAUGGUAAUUUUAAAGACACCCAAUUAGAUUCUAUGAAGGUGGUCCUUAACAAAUUUGUGGACUGCGAUAACCAAGAGAGACUUGUUGUGGAUGUUUUGCAGUACAUAGUGGUGUUGUGGACUACUAUUGGUUUUUGCAAAGUUAGCCCUGCAGUGGCACGUUUUUACCUGGCUGAGGGAGGUAAAGAUAGAGGCAAAGAAGCUUAUGACAUGCUCGAACGGAGAUUUAUGAAACGAUCAAGUAUAAUAGCAACGGAAGUAAAGAAAAGGGAGAAGGAAAAUGACGAGAAAAUUGCAGAACAAGAGGGAUCUAUUAAAACAAAUGUUGCGGUGGGCCAAAAGAGGACGUACAAAAAGGAGAAGAAGAUCUGUCCAGAAUGUGGGGAAAGUAAAUUUAAUUUGCCUCGUCACGUGGAGGAUAAACACAAAUGGACAAAAGCAAAGUCUAAACAGAUAGUGAUAAGCCAUAGUCUGAGAAAGCCCUACAAUUGGCACCUUGAAACACCCAGUAGGAAAAAAGGAGGCGCAGAUAAAAAAACUUAUCCAGACUAUCAUGUUCCUCGCAUAUGUCCGUUGCCAACAUGUUUGAGAGUGGUAAAAAAAAUGUCAGAGCAUCUCCAACUUUACCAUAAAUUGGAGACUAAUGAAGAGUAUUAUGCGUUAUUACGUUCCUCCCGUCCCGUUUCCAAAAGCAACGAAGCUCCUCGGGAAGAAUCAAGUGUAGAUUUUGAGACGAACUUCAUCAAUCCGGUUACUGAAGCAGAACGCAACGACUGCGAAAGCAGCACAAGCUUUGACAAUAAUGGCACAAUGCAACAGUUUCUGGCGUACCUGAUGUCCCCAGAUGGUGGGCAACGUGAAAGGAAAAGUUCCUUGCAAGCUGUUAGCGAAGUACGCACAGUGGUAAAUGUUUUGGGGGGGCAGCUUAUUAAUCUAUUUAAGAAGAAUAAGAUCCGAGACGAUUUUUUUGUCAAUUACUUAGACAAGAAAAGCAAGCCGGCAACCUCCAAGCACUACAUGUCUUCGCUAAUUUCAUUCAUGGAAUUUGCAGUCAGUGAAGGUUUGGAGUUGCCUGAACUUUGUGUGGAUGAUUUUAUAACCGCGAAAUUACGCUUACAUAAAUGGCGUAAAACUUAUAACAAAGUCAUCGAUGAGCAACGUUGGGACAGAGAAGAAGCUCAAAUGGAGCUUUUAGUCAGUCCAGACCAAUGGGCAACAUUUGAAUGCAGCGAAUUGGCCAGAAAUGCGGUAAAACUGUUAGGGACAGCAUCAGAAAGCGAAGUUUUCACCAUGUUGGAAUACACCAACGUGCGUGAUUACUUGAUGACUGUUAUCGCUUUGCAAAAUGCACACAGAGCGGGUGUAGCAUCCAAUUUAACUUUGGAGGAAUUUGGAAAGCGCAAGUUAGAUGACAGCGGUCAUAAUAUUCUCAUUAAGGUAAAGUACCACAAAACAAAAAGUACGCAUGGCCCAGCGGUAAUUUGCAUCCCUGUCCAAAAAGCAAGAUUAUUGGAAUUAUUUGUUAAAUACCUAAGGCCACAGGUACCUGGACAGGCAAAUCAGGUGUUUGUUUCUUGGAAUGGAAAACCGUUGGAAUCUGGCAGUGUCAGUAAACAAAUACACUCCAUUUGGACACGCUCUGGAGUUUACGAUGGUUUUGAAAUGCCAAAAGGGAACAUAAACACUACGAUAAUACGCAAAUCCAUCACAACUCGCGUCCAUGAUCAGCAACCAGAUAACGCACAGCCUGUAGCUGAUUUGCUUGCACAUUCGUUGUCCACAGCUAAGAAAGUGUAUCGCCUUAAAGAACGCGAAAAGCAAGCCGUUGCAGGAAUAAACGUUAUAAAUUCUGUCUUUGAAAGACCAAGACCAAAUUCAACACCAUCCAAACCAAACAAGUGGAGCAAAGACGAGGAGGCAAAAGUGUUGCAAUACUUUGAAAAAGAAAUUGCUGCGCAAUACAUAAAUAUUUCGAUGAUCAGGGAAAAAUUGCCAUUACUAGACAUCUCUAAAUCUGAGAAACAGAUUUACGACAAAAUUCGUUCCUAUUUUAUUUACGAUGCAGGUACAAGUAGCAACGUUGAAGAUCAAGUAAAAGUAAAAGAAAAUGCAGCUCUUGAACUUUGUCCUCCCGUUGAUGCAUCAUUUUAUCAGCAAUCUGAGCAUGACGACUGUUCGUCUAUCGCGACUGACGUAAUACCACCAACAACAUCGUCUAAUCUUUCCGGUCAGCAGAAAUUGUUUGAUUCUAUUGAAACCAAUGAAAUCAAAAGUCUUUGUUUUGACAUCAUAAAAGGUGGUCCAAUUUCUGCUGAACGCAUACUGGAAAAAUUGAGUAAAUCAGAAAUUGGUAGAGAAAUUCUGCAAAAGUAUAAAAUUAUGCAAGUCCAGACCAGGCUGAAAUACGAACGCCGAAUGUACAGAAUGAAAAAACGAUAAAACAUUUAAGUAAUGGGAAACGAUAUCUUUUUCUUUCUUUUUUCCUUGUUUGUUUUUGUUUUUUGAGCACAUAGUUUCUUUGAUCGCUACGAAAAUUAUGUUAUCUGUUUUUGAUGAUAGGAGAAAACGUUAAGAAAUGUCUAACAAUUACCUAAAGUUUAAAAGGUUUUAUUGAAAUUAGUUCCGUAUUUUGUAUUAAUAAAAAGAUAACGAGUGCUUAUUUUAUAUAAAAUUACAACGAGUCUAUAUUUGAUAAAACGAUAGUGAGUCUUUAUUUGAUACAACAACAAGGACUCAUAUUUUAUUAAACAAUAACGAGUUUUUUAUUUUUAAAAACGAUAAGUUUUUAUUACAUGUUUUUGAGCCGCUUUUAUGUAUAUUUUUUAUGAUGCCAUGCAAAUUUAUUAAGUUGAGUCUUUUAUUUGUAUACCCCAUUCUAAUAAUUAUUUGGAGAAACAAUCUUGUUAAGUUUACUUCUCGCAAUACGUAAAUGAAACGCCCAAGAGCUUAUACAACCAAAAAAAAAAAAUUCCAAUCGUUUCUAGUAUGUGCAAUUUUGCGAAUAGUGUCAGGAUUGCGCGAAAAUAAGGUGAACUGUCAGUCAAAGUUUUUCGCCUCAUUACUUGCAGCUAGAGUUUCAGCUUGAAUGUUAUGGUUCCAACAUCCAAUGGCUUUGACGUACAGUUUCUGGGGUUCCAGUUAUAAAAUUUCAAAUAAAUGUUAAAGCGGUAACUCGAGAGAAUUAGGUCACUGGAGAUUUACUUCCGGGCCUUGUGUUACGGUAGUUAUACCGUUUAUUAAAAUCACGGUUGACUUCAUGAUUUUCCUAACCCUUAUCUUAGCUUUCCAGGUUGUUGCGACGUUUAGAAUGCCUUUAGCCUACCAAUGUAAUUACAGUCUAUGUUAAGAUAACUAUUAUUGCCAAGAUUGAUACCUUUUCGAUCUAUACAACUGUUUUAUAUAUGCUGUAAUGCUUAAAAUGAAUUAGUAAUAAUGAUAAUAAAUCUCCCUGUGUACGUUUCGCCCACGCGUUGUGUGUUUGGAAGAACACGGAUCUUACGUCAACAGGACUUAUAUGGAAACAACAUUUAGCACCUAUAUUUUCGUUGACCACAUUCAAUUAAACUACCAGUUUAUUAUUCGUUUUUGUGCCUUAACAACAAGGCUGUAAAUGCCCACCUGCUGUGCUGGCGGCAAAAUUCUUUUUAUCUUUAACUAACGCCAAACUAUUAUGAACUCGACAGUCCCAAGUUUAAUGUGUGUUAAUCAAAACAAGUUUGCAAUAUUGACAAAAAACGCAUGGUUAUGGCCUUUUUGCGAAAUAAAAUUUCGUAACUAAUCUCCCCUAAAAGAUACAAAAUUUAUAUUGCAAUUCUGCGGUCUAAAUGACUGUCACAGGUGCUAAUUUGUGGUUUUAGUAUUGCAGAGUGCUUUGAUCUUCCUUCUCAGUGGGUUUUUAAUCUUUUUUAUUAAAAGCGCAGCAACAUAAUUAAUAUCCAUGGAUCUCCUAAAAUUGAGGGAGAUUAGUUACGUCAACAGCAAAAUUGGGGUACUAUCACUAAACCUUAAAUUUUAUCCGUUUUGAAAAUCCCACUGACAUGAAUUUUUGCAUGAUAGUUGCUGAAUGAUAUAUCUAUACACAUACCUAAUUUUAAGUUAAUUCAUCAACAAAUAAGGCCGCAAAACACAUUUUCAGAAAUUAACGAUGUCGCGUUUCGUUCCUCCAACGAACUCCUUUCCAAGGUUGCGUUUAGUUACACGAACCCCACUUGAC